UCGACCAACAUGGAGGAAAAGUAGGCAGUUCCUCCCCGCUGUAAAGAAAUUUAUCGUGAUACUAAGAAGCUCAAGCGAACAAACUGAUAUUGAAAGCAGGAAAACCCAUGUUGUAUGUACUUAGACACUAAAGAUGGCCCAGUGCAAGCAGACGGCUGAGGAAUUCAUCACCAAUGCCUUCAGUCCGAUGGUGGCUGUACUGUGCAGCGCUGAUGCAGAGAAAUUGUGCCAGAAAAAUAAUCUUUCCUUCGUUCAAUUAAUUCAGCCUUUUUGCAGAUUGAGCACAGAAGCUCAUAUCCGUGACCCCGGUGGCAUUCCCCAUGUUGUGAAGAGCCUCCGUAUCAUUGUCAAGGACAUGCAACAGUCUCUAUACCAGCCCACCAUGGCAAAGAGGCUCAUGAACGAGACGGUGUCCGGAGCCUGCCCAAGUAAUAUGGACAACACCAAGGGGACAGUGCUAACUGUGGGAGACUAUGAUCUCCAGAUUAGCUCCACCACCCCAUGGUUUGAGGUGUAUCGGGACUGUUUCCUAGAAGUGGCCUAUCCAUCAGACCAUGAGUUCCUCAAGCACUUCCUGUCUUGUAUGUUCAUCGUAUCCUCCUCCAACCCGGACCCCAUGGACCAGUUUGCCAAGCUGUCACAACAACAGCAUCAGCAGCAGCACCAGUCACCCACCAAGCCACCCAAGUGGUUCUCACCUAACACAUUCAAGUACUUUGUCUUGGUGCAUGAUGUGGCUGAAGGAGAGGAAUCCAAAAAUGUCUACAGCCCAAGGAUGGUGCAGGCUGAUGCAGUGUAUCAAAGCAUGAAGUCCAUGUACGGGGCAGGGAGCUGUCACCUGCUGCAGAUUAACUCUAGGUCCGUCAGCAGCAAGGAGAACCUGAACAAUGAACCUGAUCCAUGGAGCCAGUUUAUGCCAAAGAACGAUGCGGAGUCAUUGGAUAUUGAAGCCAGCCUGUUCAGCAAGAAUGACUCCAGUUUUCCCUCCAGGGUCACAGAAGGUGAGGGAACACUACGCAUGGAGACUGUCAUAGAAGAUGCUACAGAGGUCAAAGAAGAACCCAGCAUGCAGAAGAGUGCCUCUGCCCCAGUGAUGUCACAUCCUCUAGAUGACAACACAGUAGAUGGUGGUUGGAGCGAAACGGCUGACAGAGGGCAGCAGCAGCAGCAAGACAGCACAGAUGGCACACCUGCAGACCCCUCUGCUCAAUCCAAAGGCAUUCCCAAUCAAACACAGGCUAAGGCUCGGCCGGUAGUCAAUGGCGAUGUUGGGGCUUCUAGUCAGCAUGGACUCUGUCUGACACCAAGCGACCAUGACAGGCUGAAGAUAUUCAUUCAUGAGUUUUUGGUUCGAGGGCUGAUACCAUGGGCUGAAAGGAUGAUCAGGACUUUAAAUGACCAGGUGUCAUCUCGUAAGCGUUCCUUAUUCAGUGGUGCUAAGAAGUGGUUUGGUGGCUACAAACCCAAUGACAAGCCUACGAACAAUACAACAGUGGUCUAUACACCUGAAGCCCCAGAAAUGCAGACACGGCGGCUGGCAGACCUGGCCUUCAUGUUCCAGUUGUAUGAAAUAGCUUACCAGACAUAUCAUGCCCUGAAGAGAGACUUCAACAAUGAUCAUGCUUGGCUACACCACGCUGGAGCACUGGAAAUGGCCAGCCUGGCAGUGUUUAUGCAGGGUAGUCAGACACAGAGACAGUAUCCAGCACAUUAUAUAGAGUCUGCCAUUGCCUCCUAUCUCAACACAUGCAAGUCUCCCCAGUUUGCUACCAGGGCCACUCUGAUGAGCACGGAGGCACUGAAGAGCAGAGGCAUGUAUGCAGAGGCAGCUAUGCAGUUUAUCAAGAUGACCAGUGAGGACUCAGACCUCCGCAGUGCCCUGAUGCUGGAGCAGGCUGGCCACUGUUUUAUCAACAUGAAGCUGCCCAUGGUGAGAAAGUACGCAUUCCACAUGAUCCUGGCUGGACACAGGUUUAACAAGGCAGGCCAGAGACGCCACGCCCUCAGAGCCUACAGCCAGGCACUGCAGGUUUAUAAGGGGAAAGACUGGAUACUCGCAGAGGAUCACAUCAACUUCACAGUGGGCAGGCAGUCCUUUAAUCUGAAACAGUUAGACAACGCUGCCUCAGCUCUCAGGCAUCUGUUAUGUAGGUCAAGUCAACAGACACCUGCUCAGCAGGGGGCAUUUCUCAAGGAGUACCUGUUUGUAUUCAAGCAACACCUUCAGCAAGGCUCCAGUGUGGACGGCCUGCCUCAGUUGCCUUUGCCUUCUGUCAAUGGAAACACAGCUAAAGUACUGCUCUGUCAACCUGGGCAGUGUCCACAAGGCAAUAAGACCCCUGCCACAGGCGUUGGAUUUAUAGAUGAUGGAAGAAGCUUGUCUUGGAUGGAACUUGAACAAAAGGUGGCAGCAACUGCAUCCGGCAAACCUGGCAAAGUGCCAGCCAACUUCAAGCCCAGUGUCCAGUGCUUUUCUGACCUCACGAACAACAGUUCACACCCUGUGGCAGUCAUAGGGGAACCCAUCUUUGUGGAGAUUACAUUGGUCAAUCCACUGAAGAUUUCACUGGUUUUGACUGACAUUGUAUUACUGUGGAGUUUUCUACCUCAUGUGGAUGAAGAGCAAAAUCAAGAAAAGCCCCCACAGUUGAUCACCAAUGAACAUGUAGAAACUGGCAAAAAAACUUUAGCCAAUGAACUGGUAGAGAGUGAGGUGAUUCCAGAGUUAGUUCUGGAGGCCCUGAUGACGGAGCCUCUCCAGUUGUCUGUGAUUCCUAAAAAAGAAGGAGAGCUUCACAUAACUGGAAUUGCCUAUAACCUGGGUACAAGCAGUUCCAGCACAAACACCACCAGCGCCACCAGUGGCAAUGUUAUUGGCAAUCCUGGUGAGCAGAAGCCAAGUUUUAUCAGUGGUAUCUCUGUGAGGGGGAAGCAAGUGAUAGAGGUGCAGGGGCCGCGCCUCAAUGCUUCCAAAGUGGAAAAGUGCAGCAAGAUUUAUGGCCCCGACAGGAGACUGGAUGUGCGGAUUGUGCCAAAGAUGCCUCUGUUAGAGGUAAACUUGUAUGGUGUUCCCCAGACAAUGAUGUGUGGAGAAGUCCAACAACUGACAGUGGAGUUCAUCAACAGGGGCCCUCUCCCUUUACACAAACUCUACAUGGCCUGCUCCCAUCCAAAAUUCUGUACUUUUGGGAGCUCUGACACCCUCCCUCAGGCCUCUGCUUUAUAUCAGUACAACUCCCAGCAGACAGGGUCAGCAGUGCACAAUGAACUUCACGUUGUUAAGGAAUUAUGGGCGGAGGACGCUCAGCAGGUGCCCUUAAAACGUGACAUUUUAGACCCAGGGGGAGUGGUCAGUGUCCCACUGUGGAUUAGGGGACUGGAUAUCAAUGGAGUCCAUAAUGUGGAUUUUCUGUUUUAUUAUGAACCAGUUGAUAGGAAAUGUCCAUUGAUGAGGCAUCGUGUUGUCCGCCACACUGCUGUGAUGAGGACCAGCAAUGCACUGAAGCUGACCUCCACUGCCCAGAAGCUGCCUCCCAGUAAGAGGGGACAACUGAACAGUCUGGUGCUGGCACUGGAGGCAGAGAAGGUGUUUGAUGCCAGUGUGCUGGAGGUGAGCUUACUGCAGGUGUCCUGUGCCAGCCCCACCUGGACACUGCAUCACCUGAGUACCAGACCACAUACAGAUAUGAAGUUAAGUGCCACAGAGUCAUUAUUGAUGUCAUUCAAGGCCACUAGGUGUCAGGACUGUGCUGCAGUGUCAUCAUCAAAGCUGAUUUUCUCAGAUGUCACAUUUGAUCAGCAUCAGAUCAGUAGCACAGGCAGCCCAUGCUGUGAUUUCUGCUUUAAGUCUCGCCAGACGUGGAAGUUGGCGUCAAGUAGCAGUGAGGGGGAUCCUUCUGUACCCCAGACCACCCCCACCCCACCGUCACAGGACCAGGGUCUGGAGGACCUGGCACAUAUAGAUCUUAGUUUAAUUGUUCUCUGGAAGUUCAAGGUGGUGACAGAGAGUGGUGCUAUAGGGACAAUACAGGGACAACAUCACCUCCAUAUAGACAGCCUGGAUACCCCUGCCUACUCCCCUGCUGUGAGCAAGGUGCCUGUAGAGCAUGCCCCAGUGAAAAUAAUCAAGGACCGCGCCCCUUCAUUGCCAAGCCACCCCAAUCCUGAACUGGUCUCUCAGCUACUCAAGAUAUGCUUACGGCACAAUAUGACGGUACUGCAUAAUUUCCACAAGAACAGGCUGUGUUACAUGCCAGUUAGUAUAGUGCUGCAUAACACAUCACAGAACACAGUGAAAGUUGAUAUGUCUUCCCGUGAACCCAGCUCACACAGAUCCCAUGCUGAAUCCACAACCUCUGACAUCAUCCUGGAGCCAACAUCGUCAGGUUUCAGCUGGUCUGGAAAAAUCCACAGCACACUCCAGCUCCAGCCCCUAGAGACACACACACUCCACCUGGUGGCCUGUUUCAACUCCCCUGGAGUGUACAAUUUGAAUAGGCUCCAGGUGGCAGCAGGGGUAUUGAGGGAGUCCAGUGACCUUGACAUUGAUAUGGUUGUACAGAAGCAUCCAGCGCCAUCUGUUGCCAUAGUUAAACAAGAGCCUCUUACGUCAAGUUAGGUUCUUGUUUGUGAAAGAAGAUGAGAAGACAUGGAUAGGAGGUUCAGUUGAGACGUAAAUGGAAGUUGUGCUUCUUGAAAUUUGUUCAUGUAUGAAAAAAAAAAAAAUUCAUGCUGUUAAAUGGUAUUCUGCUUCAUUGUGGUAAAUUACAGUUAAAAGAUGGGAGUGUGCAAAAAUAAUUGCCUUGUUUUCUUGUCAUUGCUGUGAAACAUGAACUUUGCCUUUUGCAGUUUAUGUGAUAAUUGGUCAGAAUGUGUGUGUACAGUCUGUCUGGGAGGCAAAAUAUGAUUUUGUAAAUUCGAAAAAUCUGUCAAGAUUUAGGUAGGAAAUGAAAGAUUUGUUUAAUUCAGGGUUUUAAAUUGCUGAAAAUUAACUGUUGAGUGCAAUUCUAUAUUUUCAAUAUAAAGUGUGAAACAUGGUAAUUCUGAAUGAAAAAUGUUAUAUUUCUUGAACAAUUGCACUUCUGCGAAAGUUUGUGAUCAAGUUGUUGGUAUCUUUUCAUCAGUGAAUUUUCUGUAUUGAGACAGCAGUGCUUGGCAAUGGAAAUAACUUGUAUGUUAUUUUUUAAAGUGCAACAACAUGUACAUAGAUAUGUAAACAUCCCAUUGGAUUUUUUAUUCCCUGUUGGUGCAAAAUGGUAUUUGUGGUACGAACAUUUCAAUGUCAUACAUUGUUAUAUGAAUCUGUGAAGUGCUACCCAAUAGCACACAAACAUGUAAGAAUUCCAAGUAUAUUACAGAGCAUCACUGCUCUACAUUGCCAUAAGGUAUGUUAAUAAGUUUCUUUAAGUCUUUGGUAGACGAAAUAACUACCAAGCGGUGUCCAAGUCAAAGCUUCGUUUUUAUAUGCUUGCAUUAGUCAAACCAGAAUAAUGUGUUUCAAAGGAAGUUGUAAAGGAUAGAAAACGUUACAGUUGAAUGACAGAAAGCCUGUUUGUUUGUGUAUAUGUGUGUGCCUGUGUGUGUGUAAGGCAAAGAGAGGAGAGGAGUUUUAUGUGAAUUAAAAAUUGUCAAUUGACAUUUUUUUCUGGGUAAUUUAGUAUAACUACAUAAUACUUGCACAACCAACAACGGACCCAUAGUGGUGAUAUAUAAGCUGCUGACUUCAUGAGCAAUGAGUUACGUCCGCUUAGAAAAGAUCAGUUUAUUCAUUUACCAAAAAAAGCUUAAAAUUUGUUUUGAUUUCUGUUAAAAAAUGUUUCCGAUUUCCGAAACUUGUGAAUUAAGUGGUGUUUUUCUGUACAAGUUGAAAAUAUCUCGUAAUUCAUUGUGUUAACUACUUUUCUUUAUGCCAUCCUUCAGAAAUGCAGUGGUUAUAGGUUAAUCGUUCCAAACUGUUUAUGUCUUCAUCUUGAUAUCGUGUCGAUACCUAUAAACUGAGGGAACUUUUGUUAUUGGUUGGUUAUUUAUGACGUCAGAGAUGAUAUAAUUUCAGUAUCUGAUAAGGAUUUACUUAUGUAUUUUGUUUCCACAUAAUCAAAGCGUGAUCAAGGAAAUCUUCGUGGCUAAGGGUUGUUUGUUCGUUUUAUUUUCUAGACGGCAUGCGGUCAAAGAACCCGUUCAAAUAAGAGAGAGUUGGUAAAGAUUGUAGUCAAAACGAUAAGAAUGUAGCUUCGUAAAGUGUUCUUUAAUAUACGUGUACAGCGAGUUCCCUACUAAUAGAACAAAUUAUAUACAGCUACUUAAAUAGACAAUUUAACUACCAGAACUUGCAUGUUCAAUAAGCCUGUGGUAUAAGAAUGACACUGAGUAAUCUGGCCGCUUGCUACUUUCUAAUUAAGAUAUUUAAUAUGAUUCCAGACUGAUAAAUAUGUUUUCGGGUAUUCUGCUGUGUGAUGUUUAUGGGCAAUGGCAUAAAUGGAAAUGUAUUUAAGAUUUAAACAAGUUUUCUAUGCGUAUUUGUAAAUACUAAAAACCGUGGAUCAUUUUCACAUUUCAUCUGUAAAUGUUUUCAAUGAUGAUUCAGUUUACAAUAAGAUACAUUUAUCUGGA